AUUGAAUGGUUGUGAUAGUGAAUAAAAGUUUUUCAACAAUUGAUAGUUUAUAAUAUUUGUGAUAAAUGUCUGCACAAAAUAGUAAUUAUUUAAUUUCCAAUGUAUCUGAUAAUACAAUUGAAAGUUUGCCACAAAUCAAUCAUUUGUCAUCAAAUGUCUCGUCAAUCACUAACACAUCGAUAACCACAUCAACCAUCAGUAGUCCGAGAGACUCGUAUUCCUGUUAUAUCAAUGGACUAACCAUUGAGAUAACAAACCCCAACAAUAGUGAUACUAAUAGUGAUACACUUCAGACCUCCACAUCAGUACUUAUGUCCGACUCUUCCACUCCUUCUCUCAUUUUAACACUGGAUUCACCUAAUAAUGUCACUCAAAGUACUGUUACAUCAGCCUCUCCUAUACCUCCACUGAUUCUCCCAAACCCACAAACAAACGGCUUUCAGCACAAUAUGACAUCGCAUGAGAUUCACGUGGAAAACAUGAGACAAAAUAACAGAUCUCAUCUGAAGAUUUUAGAGCAGCCAACGAAUCGCAUUAGAUAUCGAUAUAGAAGUGAAAAGGGCUCUCACGGGGGACUAACCGGAGAAAAUAGUUCACAAAAUAAGAAAACAUAUCCAACUGUUAAGAUAGAAAACUAUCACUCGUCAGCUCAGGUAUAUAUUAGGGCCAGUCUAUACACUAAUGAGGACAGACCAAAGAAUCACGUACAUAAGCUCAUGGGCCGACAUUGCAAUGAUGAGGGACAUUGCAUUGUUCCCGUUUCAGACAAUAUGAUCGCUACAUUUCAGAAUUUAGGCGUUUUGUUUGUCGGCAAAAAAGAAGUGCCGGAUAUUAUCUUCAGACGAAAAUUAGACGAAACCAAUACAAUCAACAACUCUUACAUCAAUUCAAUUCAUUUAUCGGAUAUCGAUAAACAAAGAUUACGUGAAGAAUCAGAAAAGGAAGCAAAAGAUAUGAAUUUAAAUUCAGUGAAAAUAUGUUUUGAAGCCUUUGUUUACGAAAAUGACAUGAGUUAUGCCAUUUGCAAUCCUGUCUUUUCCCGUCCCGUUGCCAAUCAAAAAUCACCAGAUUCUGGUGAAUUGAAAAUUGUAAGAAUGGAUAAGCAUUGGGGAUCCGCCACAGGUGAUGAAGAGGUGUUUUUGUUGUGCGAAAAAGUCAACAAAAAAGAGAUUAAAAUACGAUUUUUUGAGACCGAUAGCGAAGGCAAUCAGCUUUGGGAGAGUUUUGCUAAUUUCUCUGAGGCUGACGUUCACCAUCAGGUGGCAAUCGUGUUUCGGACGCCUCCCUAUAGAGACCCAAAUAUAGAGACAUCAGUACAGGUAUACUUGCAGUUAUACCGAGCCCGUGAUGGUGAGUACAGUGAGCCCCGACCCUUCACCUAUAAACCAAAAGAUACCGAAGACAAUGAAAGCAUCGAUAGGAAGCGUCGCAAAAUCAGUCACUUUAACCCCACUGUCCCUCAUAUCAGCAAUGAUAGCGGCAAUACUACAUUUGUAAGCCAUUCAUAUCCUAAUUUACAUACAGAUCCUAACAAUGAUUCACGAGAUAAUAACAAUAACAAUAUUGGAUAUUAUGGGCACUCCAACUGUUUGGAUGAUUAUCCAAAGCGUAAAACCCAUUUGCAAAAUAAGUCAAAUAACAUAAAUCGUAAUAUCAAUCAAAACCUUAAAAAAGGGACAUUCAUUGAAAAUUCAAACGUUGUUUUACUCUUUUCAUAAAAUAAAUGAUAAGUUUAUAACU